CAGAUGAUUCCGAAUUAUACAGUUUAUGUGCCGGAAGUUUUUUCUAAAUUUAUUUUCUGUUUGAAUGUUUAUCGGUAUUUAGCUAAACUUUGGUUUAUACCAAAUCUUCUGUGUAUAAAAAUAGUUUGAAAUUAUAAUUUUUUUUUUCUAAUUAAUCAAAAUGUUUUCUUCAACUGGGACAAGUGUUUUUCUUGUACUAGCAUUUAUUGCUUCAGCAAUAAUUGCGUUUCCAGCUAUCCUUCCUCCGAUUUCUGUAUCAAUUACCUCAACUGAUGUCGAUAAAGUUAAAGGACUUCCCCAAGGAGUUGAAUUGAUUCCUUUGAAUCAAGACUUAAGCACUGCAGGAAUAAUUCGAUACACAUUGGAUAGUCGUGUUUCAAAUGAUAAACAACUUAGAAUGUCUUCAAGCUCAGUUGGUCCAAGUGAGAGUCCAUUCAACAUUCAGAUGCGUUUAGAAUACCAAUCUGAGACGACUUAUGUUCAAGUUGAUAUUAAACAAAACUCUACUGAUAGCCAAGCUUAUGCUGUGUCAAAUGGAAAGAGAGGAGGAAUUGAUGUCAUUGUAGUGGCUAACAAUACUUAUUAUUUUAACCAAACAACUACGAUUUAUGGAAUCAACAAAUAGUUGCAGCAAUUUAAUUUGUAAUGGUAUGUAUUUUCAAAAAUCACACAUUUAAAAGUUGGUAGAAUGUCAGAAAUUAAAUAAACCAUUCUAUAAAUAAAAAAUAAACCGUCAAAAAUGUUUAAAAGAUAGACCUUGUUUAGAAACAAACAUUUAAAGUUUUUCAUCUAAAUCA